AUGGAGUUUAAAAUAAACUUGCAAGCUGAUAAACAGCAAAGACGAUCUGCCGAGUACAAGCUAAAUAUUUGGAAGUAUGGUUUCCUCGAAUCUCUUAACAGCAAAUACGAUGGAGAUAAUUAUACAAGGCAGUCUGAGAAGCUAAUACAAGAUGUUAAGAAUACGAUGUUUGUUGAAACUGAUGAUUUAAUAGCUCAGUUGGAGCUGAUUGACAACAUCGGAAAACUAGGCCUCACGAACCACUUUCAGAAGGAAGUGAAGGAAGCCCUGGACAAAAUAGAGUCUAUUCAAAAUAACGACAACCUUUAUGCUACUGCGUUGCACUUUAAGAUCCUUAGGCAGCAUGGCUAUAAAGUGUCACAAGAUGUAUUUGGUGGCUUCAUGGAUGAGAAGCGUGCAUUAAAGGAAAGCCAAAUUUCGGAUCCCAAUGGAAUGCUUCAACUUUUGGAGGCCUCAAACCUGGCUUUAGACGGCGAAAAUAUCUUAGAUGAGGCGAAAGCUUCCUCUACGGUAGCUCUCAGAGAUUCCAAUAUCUGUAAUAUUCUGGACAAUAACCUUGCCAGGCAUGUGGUCCAUGCUUUGGAGCUUUCAUCACAUCGAAGAGUAGUGUGGUUUAAUGUCAAAUGGCACAUAGACGCCUAUGAGAAAGACAAUCAUGUCAAAACCAUUUUACUUGAGUUGGCUAAACUUCACUUUAACAUGGUUCAAGCAACGCUGCAAAAAGAUCUAAGGGAAGCAUCCACGUGGUGGAACAAUCUAGGCCUCGCAGAACUCUUGAACUUUGCAAGAGAUAGACCGGUAGAGUGUUUCCUGUCUGCUGUGGGAUUAAAUUUCCAGCCUGACUACACAUCUUUUAGAAUACGGCUUACUAAAGUCAUCUACUUGAUUCUGAUAAUAGACGACGUUUAUGACAUCUAUGCCUCACUGGAAGAGCUAAAGCUCUUAACCAACGCUGUCGAUAGGUGGGAUGUUGGGGAAACUGAGCAGCUUCCAGGGUGUAUGAAGAUCUGUUUCCAAGUGCUCUACAACACUACUUGUGAAAUUGCUCAGGAAAUUGAGGAGGAGAAUGGCUGGAACCUAGUGUUACCUCAUUUGAGCAAAGUGGGUUGUUACGAGAUAGGUCCUAGACAUUAA